AUGGACCAGAGGAGCGCUGAACCGGACCCAGGCACCGGCAGCUGCCCGGUCACGCUUUACGGGGAAUUCACGGCCAUCGGUCCCCGAAAAGUCCGAUGUGCGGUGAACCUGACCGAGAAGGAGCUCAUCGUCCAGAGGCUCCCGUCGGCACCUGCCGGGCGGAGCAAGACGGUGCUCAGCCUGGAGGACUGUGUCGGCUGCCGGGCUCACCGGGAGGAUGACGGCGGGGAGCCGGCCGCCUACCUGUCCGCCUACUUCUACCCGCUGAGGCGGCGCUGGCGGAGCUCCGGGGGGUCGCGGCGGCAGAGGGUGGAGCACCGCUUCCGGCUCACCGCGCUCCAGGACCCCGGCGCCAACCUGGAGGAGGCGGAGAAGUGGGCUCGAUCCAUCCGGGAGCGCUCGGGACGGCAGCGGUGUUUAAGAGACGGGUUGAUGGUGUGGGAGCUGUCUCAUCCGUGCCGAAUGAUGCUGCUCGUGAAUCCACAGAGCGGGAAAGGACAAGCGCUCACCCUGUACAACAACCACAUCCAACCGAUGCUCAACGAGGCCGGUGUCCCACACACUCUGGUCAUAACUGAGCGGCAGAAUCACGCCCGAGAGCUGGUGAGAGAGGCCGACCUGUCGCAGUGGAACGCUGUGGUCAUCAUGUCGGGAGAUGGACUCCUGUACGAGGUGAUAAAUGGUUUGCUGGAGAGAGCAGACUGGGAGGAGGCCAUUCAGACGCCGCUGGGUUUCCUUCCUGGGGGAUCAGGCAACGCCUUGGCUGCGUCCAUACAUCACUACACUGGAGCCUCUCAGGUCUUCAGUGAGGAGCUCCUGAUCAGCUGUGGUUUCCUGCUCUGUAAAGGCCUCCUGUCUCGUAUGGACCUGGUCUCCGUCCAGCUCUCCUCCGGCCCUCGUCUCUUCUCCUUCCUCUCUCUGGCCUGGGGCUUCGUAGCUGACGUGGACAUAGAGAGCGAAAAGUACCGUCACGUUGGAGCUGCCAGGUUCACUGUGGGAACGCUGGUGAGGCUGGCUUCUCUCCGCAUCUACAAAGGUAAGCUGGCUUACCUGCCGGCCUCCAAGGACUGCAGCACAGAGGGAGGUUUGAGAAACAACAUGACGAAGCAAUGCAACAAUCAGGCUCCGAGUCCAGCCUCUCUGCUGCGCCGCCAGUCGAGAGACUCUCCCUGUCAGAACACCCUUCACAACUCCUGCCACUCCAACAACUCCCUCAAAGUGCGGCGGGCGGAGAGCGUGCCCCCCAGAAGCGCCAACAAAGGUCACCCCGGCCCACCAGCCUCCCGGCUGCUGCCCCUGGACCAGCCGCUGCCCAGUGACUGGGUGGUGGUCCAGGAGGAAGACUUUGUCCUAAUGCUGGCCAUGUACCAGUCCCACCUGGCGGAGGACCUGAUGGCAGCACCGAACGCCACCUUGGACGACGGCGUCAUCCAUCUUACCUAUGUCACAGCGGGAAUAUCCCGCAGCGCUCUGCUGAGGCUCUUCCUGGCUAUGGAGAAGGGCGCCCAUCUGACUUCUAACUGUCAACAUCUGGUGCACACUGAGGUGCAGGCGCUCAGGCUGGAGCCGAAUUCUCCCAAAGGAAUAAUAACAGUAGAUGGAGAAGUGGUGGAGUAUGGGCCGAUGCAAGCUGAAGUGCACAGAGGUCUGGCAAGAUUAAUCACUGGAUGA